AUAAGAGUGACCUGCCCUUGUUGAACAGAGAAUCACCGCGGGAAACUGUCUUUGGUAAAAAGAGACUGUACUUGACUUUGAGGCUUGAGCCUUUGAAAAAGAUAUGGCGGACAGUGAAAGAAGUCGCCCAGUACGGGAAAGGAAACCAAGAAUUAUUACACAGUUUGGUUUGGAAGAAAAUAUUUCAAAGAGGCAUCAGUCCAAAGAUAAAAAAGUAAGCAAGAAAGAAGGUGCCCCCAAAUCCCCAUAUGAAGGCGACAUGAAAGACGAAGUUCUCAAACAACAAAAGAAAUCUAUAAAAAAGAAAACAGACAAGAGAAAAAAUGACACUGAUGUCGAUGAGAGCGGUGAACUAGCUAAUAAGAAAGUGAAAAUUGAUCCUUUGGACCAAAACAAUGACCUCUCCAAAGAUAAAAACAAUUCUCACAGUAAGAAAGGCAGAACUGUGAAAAAAGAGAAAGGGGUUGUGAAAAAGGGUAAAGCAUCUUCAUCACGUUCUCGGGUAAAAGAUGAAGUGGAGGAAGAUGGAUUUGAUGAAGAUGUGAAGGUGAAAAGUAAGAAGAAGACAAGUAAGAAAGGUCAUUCUUGCAGGAAGCUGGUUGGUGCACAUGUCUCAUCUCAAGGAGGUGCACACAAUGCAGUGUACAAUGCCGCUGAUAUUGGCGCCACAUCCUUUGCCAUGUUUCUCAAGUCGCAGCGACAAUGGAAGGCUAAACCACUAGAUGAGAAGGUUGUUGCAAAGUUCAAAGAUGCAUGUAAGGAAUAUAGGUUCUCUCCCGACAAGAUAAUUCCACAUGGGUCCUAUUUGCUCAACUGCGGCUCUCCCAACCCAGACACUUUGCGUAAGAGUCGCGAUGCCCUGGUGGACGAGCUGAUGAGAUGUGAAAAACUGGGCCUCACCCUCUACAACUUUCAUCCUGGCUCCACCUGUGGGGAGAUUUCCGUGAAGGAAUGUAUCGCCCUCAUUGCAGAGAGUAUCAACAUCGCUCACUCCAAGACCAAGUAUGUCAGGACAGUGAUAGAAAAUAUGUGCUGUCAGGGAAAUACAAUUGGAGGAAAGUUUGAAGAAUUACGAGGCAUCAUUGACAAGGUCAAGGACAAAUCUCGAAUAGGAGUCUGCCUUGAUACAUGUCAUGCUUUCGCUGCAGGCUUCGACCUGGCAACUGAUUCAGGCUACAAGAAGUUCAUAUCAGACUUUGACAAGAUUGUUGGUUUCAAAUAUCUUGACGCUCUGCACUUGAACGACUCCAAGGGUGUGAAGGGCUGCCAUCUGGACCGACACGAGAACAUAGGUAAGGGCCACAUCGGCCUUGAGGGUUUUCGCAGAGUGAUGACCGAUCCGAACUUUGACGACAUUCCCAUGGUUCUGGAAACACCGGCUGGUAUGGGGUAUCACAAGGAAAUACAAAUACUGCAUGGACUCUGUGAUGGCUGAAUCUCUCACAGUCUCAAGGAUUGUCCCACGCUCUUAUGGUGGAACAGUGUCUCCCUAAUGCUGUCUGACGCUUGUAUGUCAAACAUUGUGUGCAAGUGCUGUCUGAUGCUUGUAUGGUUUAACAUUAUCUGCAAGUGCUGUCUGACACUGGUGGAUGGACACUCCCGCCAAAUGCUGUCUGUUUUCUUUACAUUCAGAAAUUAUCAACAAAGGAUGUGUCAGGACAUUCUUCACCAAUCAUGACAUCUUCAGUGAAAAACAAAUCAUAAUUGAGAUUUUCUUUCCUCUUUUGACACCCCCCCUAAAAAAAAAAAAAACUUGAUAAAAAUAAACAUUUUAAAUUGAAUUACAGAUUUUAACUUUGUAUUUAGUAACACAAAUUAAUGACAAACAUUUCAGUUGUAUUAACAGUUUAUUUACAUACAUGGCUUUUGCAUACAAGAAACUCUUUAGUGUUUUGGACAAAAAUAAAUUUUCACAAGCUUUGCUGUACGUGCUCUUUGA